AUGGGAAAUUCAACAUCUAUCGGAGCUCGUGUCGUUUCAGUUCUUAUUAUUAUCUUGGGUAUUAUUCAUCUAGCUGUUGGAAUUGGUAUUGUUGUUAGAUACCGUCAAUAUGGUGAUGUUUUUCGACAAGCAAUAGGCGUAUCUUCGUAUAAUAUUUUUAUUGGAAUUUUUGCUAUUAUAGUUGGAAUAAUGGGUUUCAUUGCCAUCUCGCUAAGACGUGUUACUUUAUGUAGAGUUGUUGCCAUUAUUUCAGCUGUCUUGGGUGUCUUCGCAUUAGUAUCACUUAUUGUUGCAAUGGUCAUGGGUGCUCAAGCAAUUAAUUUUAUAAGAGGACGUUUAUCAUAUCAUAUUAGUGCAUAUGUUGAAGAUCAAAAUUCUAUUAAUAUCAUGGAUGCCGCUCAAACAAAUUUUCGGUGUUGUGGUGAGAACUUCUGGCUUGAUUGGGGACGUUCCCAACUAGGUUCAACAGCUACAACAGGAACCUCUGGAAUUAUAGGAACCGGCACAGGCACUAGUAACGGACAUCGUCGUCGUCGUCGACAGUUCUAUCCGUAUUCAAGCCCGUUAAUAGCAGCUGUUCGCAAAAGGCGACAAAUAAUAACAGGUGGCACCUUCCUUGGCCUACCUUCAAGUUAUAGUGUCAAUUUACCAUUAUCUUGCUGCAAAGACAGUGGAGUAAGUUCACCCAAUUCACUCGGUGGAGUUUGUGUCAUCUCGGUUAGUAAUAGUUCAAAUAGCUUCUAUGUUAGUGGAUGUAUGCCAGCUAUUGCAAAUAUUGUUAUUGCUCAAUUAGCAGGCUUUGUUCUUAUUAAUACUUGUCUAGCUAUUCUUUCUUUUGUAUUUUUUGCACUCAUAAUACGAAUGUUUCCUGAUAUGUUUGAUCCAAAUCUUGCAAAUAAUCCAAAUAAUCCAAAUAAUAAACAACCUUUACCAAAUGACAUGCAGCAACAACAAAACCAAAAUGUAGGAUAUUACUAUAGCAAUAAUGAUCCCAAUGCUAAUUACGCUUAUACCCUUCCACAACAGACGGUUUAUCAAUAA